GCCGAGCCGCUACAAGGACACAGUCUGAUGGGAGAGAGGGAACUGCGCGGAUAGAGUGAUAGUGAAUAGAUUGUGAAGGCAUCUGUUGUGGAUAAGAAAUGGACAAAGAAGUCCUUGAAGUGGUUCUGAAGAAGUUGGACAAGGAGUCGAAGAUCGCUUCUAUACUAGAUCUCCAGUCGGUGCCAGCUUUGCCCAAAGGAGAAAACUACACAUCGACCAUCUUGAGGAUAACUUUGAAAGUAGUCUUGGGAAAUGGAAGACUGGCUAAGAAGUCCUUCAUCAUGAAGCAGAUGAUCACUGAUGGAGCGCAAGGAGAAUUCGUGAAAGAACACGAUGUAACUAAACAAGAAAGCCAGAUAUAUUCUGUAAUACACAAAGAAAUGAACUAUUUAAUGGAGGAAUUCGAAGAUACUGAUGAGCCUCUUUGGUGUAAAUUUAUUCACUAUGAUCCGCGCUUAUCUUAUAUACUUCUGGAAGACCUAAAUGCAAGUGGUUACAGUGUGGUUCCGAGGCAGAAAGGUUUGGAUUUAGACCAUGCCAUCCUCGCUCUCAGAGGUUUGGGGAAGUACCACGGAAUGGCUAAGGUUCUCGAACAGAGAGGAAUCAUCUCCAAAGACAACUAUAAGUCUAAUGAAAUUUUUAGUAACACAAAAGUUAUCAAAGCGAUACCUUACGCAGGUUUUAUAAAUCUCGCUAAAGGUAUGCAGGAGAGCUGGGGUCCUGAAUGGGAAGAGACUGCAAAGAAACUGAUGAUACCAUUUGAUCCAUUCGCUGAAAUGCUUGUCAAAAUUGGAAAUAUUCAAACUGAAACAAAAUUUACAGUUCUCAUUCACGGCGAUUGCUGGUCAAACAAUAUGAUGUUCAAAUACGACUUUAUGAAGCGACCUAUAUCAGUGAAAUUUCUGGAUUACCAAUUACCUCGUUACGACACUCCAUGCAUGGACGUUACCAAUUUCUUCUACCUCGGUGUAAAGCCUCAUGUACGUCGAAGCAACUACGACCUCUUACUGAAGACUUACCACGACUCCUUGGUCAGAACUUUGGACAAGUUCGGUUUCACUGGUACCAAGCCCACUCUUGAAGAAAUAACCGAUACAAUGAACCGACUCGAGUUCAUGGGACUCGCCUCUUUCAUUCCAUUAUAUCCUGCUCUCCUCUGUUCAUCGACAGAACCUUUCGACAUGGGGAAACUUCUGGCGACUGACGGGGAAGAAGGGUUCAACAGAGACAUUAUAAGUGAGCCUGGAAUGAUUGAAGUAUUAGGGCCGGAUAUUAUUGAUUUCGUUGAGAGGCACGUUCCUAAUCUAAAGUAAUAUUUUCUAUCUUGCAAAUAUUUUUUGCACUAAGAUAUGCAUAUCUAUAAUUGAACGUUGAUAAAAUGAAAACUCACCAAGAGAUAUAAAUUCAGUGUUAAGUUAUAACUGGAAAAAUUCUAACCAUACAGCCUUAUGUAUUAAAUAAGUUUCUACAAUUGAGGUAUGAGCACAGCAAAGAAAAACCCAAGAUUACAUCAAUAUGGCAUCCAAACUGGAAGAAAUUUGAGGUUAUAAUCGAACAGCUGAUCCUAAUAAAUCAGCUGUUUGAUUAUGAGCUUCUUGCGAUCUUGGAUUUCUUUUUAUUUUCUGUCAUGAUAAUGCCUGAAUUGGUGACACGUUGACAGUUAUUUAUUCUUUAACUGUAUAACUUAUUGGUAUUAUUAGGUUUAUAGGUCUACAUUAAAUACACAUACAGGAAAAAGACAUAAUUGAUUUUUUUUUUUAAAGACCUGUUCCUAGUUAUAAAUUACAAUUUACAUUCCAAAAAAUAUUUCAUAAAUUCAUUAUUAAUAAAAAAAAAUACAAAAAGUAUGUGUGCCUCUAAUAUAUUUAAAAAAAUGUACGUGUAUGUGCACCUGUAUUAUAUGUAUGUAAAUAAGUAAAUUUUAUGAGUUGUAUAUUAUGCUUCUGGCAGAUACACAAGGAAGCUUUUGGACUGAAGUUCCAAAAUAUAAAAAUAUAAUUUA